UACAGUUCAACAAAGCAAGCUCUGACAACAUCACUACCUGAUUUUCUUGUUUGCAGAGACGCUGAGUUUAAAUUAGUGAAAAAUUAUAUCGCUGAUCAUAUAGACCAAUCAAAACCUGGCAGUAUGUACAUUUCAGGAGCACCAGGGACAGGAAAAACUGCUGUGUUAAAUUUUGCCCUCAAGAGUAUACCAACAUCUAGUCCAAAAGUCUUCAUAAACUGCAUGAGUCUGAGGAAUAGUCAGGCAAUAUAUAGUAACAUAUGGAUGUUGUUGUCACCAACAUCUGCAAAGAAAAGUGCAAACAGUGCCAAGGAUGCAGUUGCAGACAUCGAAGAUUUCAUCACCUCAAACCAGCAAUCUAUAAUUCUAGUCCUUGAUGAAAUAGAUUCGUUAGAUUCUCGCAAUCAGGAAGUAUUGUACACAAUUUUUGGGUGGCCAUCACUCAAGAAUUCUAAACUGAUCCUAGUUGGGAUUGCCAACUCUCUUGACCUCACUGACAGAAUUCUGCCACGACUUCAAUCAGAUGAAAGCUGCAAACCUCAACUCAUGAAUUUCACUCCAUACUCGAAAGAUGAAAUUUCUCAAAUCAUCCUCAAUAGAUUAUCUAAGGUUUGUUUCGUCGAGGGGGAACAGAUUCUUGAUGCACCAGCAGUUAACUUUUGCUCUCGCAAGGUUUCUUCAAUGGCAGGGGAUUUAAGAAUGGCUUUGAACAUAUGCACCAGGGCUGUUGAGAUUGUUGAGAUGGAGGUCAAAAAGUCCAAACUCAAUGAAUCAGCAGCACUAAAUACUGGUGUCAAGAAAGUAACAGUGCCAGUAAUUUUGAAAGUCAUAAAUGAGGUCUUCAUCCAGAAAGUAGCUCUCAAGACAGACGCACCGAUGAUAAUUCCACUGCAGCAGAUGUUGGUCAUGUGCACCAUGCUGCUGAUGGGCAAACUUGCAAAGGGUAGCAAGGAAAUCACCCUUGGAAAGCUUCAUGAGAAUUUGAACAAGGUUUGCCUGAAGAAUGGGUUUGGAAGGGUUGAUCAGGGAGAACUGUUGAGUCACUGCCUCUCCAUUGAAGACCAAGGCAUGAUGACCAUCAAAAAGAACAAACAAGUCAGACUUCAUAAGCUGUCACUCAGAGUGAACGAGCAGGAGCUGGAGUCAGUGAUUCAGGACAAGACCUUAUUAUCGACUAUCCUACAAAAAGGAAUUUAA